AUAUCUAGUGAGUCAAAUCUAGAACAUUUAUUUUAGAAAAGAAGAUUACUACUAAACUACUUGUUCAUUGACCAUAACAAUAAUUGAUACAAACAACAAACAACAACUAAGCUCUCUCUCAAAGAAUGAGAGGAUUUACCCCACCAUGGGACAACCACAGUGUUUCGUAACUGCCUUCCCUCUUGCUUCCUCUCCCUUGAUUCCUCUCCUUUGUUUAACCUUUCAUCCCAGAUCAUUUCAAUCCCCUCCAUCAUCGCCCCCUCACACGCCUGCAACCUGUCGUCUGCUAGCAGCCAAUCCCCAGCUUCCUCUCCCUCCUGCCCGCCAGCCAUCACCGGCCUUGCUCUGCGCCCAAUCGCACACCUCUGGCCUCUGCGCGCCUGAUCGCCUCUGCCCGGGCCCAGCCUGUGCCUCUGCGUGCCUGCACUCUGCGCCACUGCUUGCUUUGGUGCGCCACUGCCUGCACUCUGCGCGCCCAGAUCGCCUGCACUCUGCCCCUGCACACCCGAGCCAUCAUGCCCCUACGCCCCUGCUGCUACACCAAAUCAGCCCUUGCCCCCUGCUGCGCCGAACCCACGUUGCUUGCACGCCUGCACUCUGCGCCAGCAAUCAUGCCCUCUGCACCGAGCCAUGCCCCUGCCUCUGCUCGCUACAGUACAUGCCAGACAAAGUCUUCAUCAUUACUGAUUGACGGAUCAAGUUUUUAUUUUAUUUCAUCUUAUUUUAUUUGGGUAUAUAUAUAGGAAAAAUCAGAAUGAAGAGGGGGGGUUGAUUGUGGAGUUUUGGUGUUUGCUUUGGUUGAAGGUUGGAGUUGAUUUUGGGGGGGUCUGUGGUUGAUUUUCGGAGUUGAUUUGGAAGUCUCUGUUUGUUUUUUUUUAGAGCAAUAAAGGGAAAUUCCGAGAAGAGGAGGGGUUUAGUUGAGAGGAGAAAAGGGUGGUUGUUGGCUGAUUGUCGGGGGGAUAGUUUGGAGUUUGAUUGUGGGUUAUUUUUGUUGAUUUUGGGACUGGUUUGGGAGUUCUCCUUUUUGGGUGAGCUCUAUCUCCGUCACUGGUGUUGAAGGACUGGUUCGAGAGUGCAGAUUUGGGAGAGUGGAACAGCGGCUUAAGGAAAAAGGGAAACGUUUUCUGGGUUUGCCUUAGGUAAUUUCUGAACAGAGGAAUUUUU